UUUUAUUUCUGUCGCAGUUAUAUUCUUCCAGUAGAGUGAACAGUGAAAUGACUAUAAAAUUGUUGUCGGCUAAAUUUCUGUAACCUUUUUUUUUGAGAUUGCUAAAUAGAAUUUUCAUUUAAGUGUUUUCAGUAAAAAAACAAGUCAAUUUAUCAAUUAUUAAAAUGGAAACAUCUCAAAAUUUAAAUUCUGAAGAAAAUAUAUCUUAUUGUCAUAUCACGCCUCAGAUAAAAAUUGAAAAAACCUUCGACGAAGAAGAUUCACAACAACAAUAUGAAAAUUCUACAUUUGACGAAACAACAACAAAUAAUGAUUUUUUCAUACAAAAAUAUGAUUCUGAAUCAAUAACAAAUAAUAGCGAACAAAAUUAUGAUUUUUUUCAAACAAAUAAUGACAAUAAUUAUAAUGAUAAUUAUAAAAAUGAUGAAACUAUACAAAUGGAACAUCCAUUACUUUCAAUAUUGUCAGGUGAAGAAUACAACAUUGACAUAAACACACACACAGCCACAAAACUUCAAACCAUCUGCAACCAAAUCCAAUACCAUCAAGAAUUAAAUCUAACUACACAAAUACUAUUCGAUGGCAAAUUCUUUACCCUAAAAGCCAGGGAUGGCAAUUCACUAAUUGGUACUUGUAUGAUCUGUACACCCAACAGAGAUAUCACAGGUGCUUCAUAUUCCAAUUUUAAAGCACAUCUCUUAAGAAAUCAUGGUCAAUUUAUGAUCACAAAACUCAAUAAACACAUUCGUUCGUCCAAAACUCGCUUAGGAGCAAUUGAAAGAGCCAAUUCGGCUAGUUCAUUUGAUGAAAUCUAUCAAAAUUUAAGUCCAACUUAUAAGGCAAUUUUUGAUGGGACAUUUUUCACUUUAAUUAGUAAAAAUGAUAAAAAACUUGUGGCAUCAUGUCAAUUGUGCCAGACACCGACACAAAUUCGAGGCACUUUACGUUCAAGUGCGAAUUUUCAAGCACAUAUUCAAAGGAUUCACGGGUAUUCCGUUGUUAGGCAACUCAAAGAGCAUCUUCGAAAAUCACGAAAGGUGCAGAGCUACGAACGAAAACAAUCGGCAAGACAUGAAAGAGAUUCCAAAGAGCACCUCAACAUGAAUCGUAGUGAUUCGAGUUUUGAGGAACUCAAUGAUUCUCUUCUUUUGGAACCAUCUGAGGAUAACAAAGAUGAUAUUUUAUUAAAAGAAUCUUUAACACACAAUCAAAUAGACAUUCACAAUUAUUACAAUGAAAAUGAAGCAAGAAAAGCAAUGUAUAAAAGUUUAAGUCUAACAUAUCAAAUACUCUUCGAUGGAAGAUAUUUCAUACUCAAAUGGAAAACUUCAUCAUAUAAUAGAAAAAUCUAUUGUUCAAUAUGUCUUCUAUGCAAGAGACAAAUUAAAGGACAACAUCUUAGGAAUUUCCGAACUCAUAUUGGACACUUUCAUGGUACUGCAAUUUUGGAACAAUUUAAUAAACAUAUUAACUUGGAGACAUCUCGAUUGGAGAUCGAUAAUGUUGUUUCCAAAGAAAUGGAAAAGUCCUUAUUAUUAUCUUUAUUGAAUAAUGAUGACGAAAAAUUUGAUACUUCUUUUCCAUGGUCUGUUGAUGAUGACACAGAACAAGAUGGUCCUUCAUCAAGCAGUUCAAAUAAUUUAAAUAAUCUUCUUAAAGAUUUAGCUUUAAUAUAUCAAAUACUUUUUGAUGGGAAAUUCUUUAAAUUAAAAUCUAUAAAGCCAUAUGCAAAAUAUAAUAAAAAAUUGUUAACUGCCACAUGCAAGAUUUGUCGAAGGGACAUAAAUGGACAGCAUAUUAUACAUUUUCGAAGGCAUUUGGAAUUUAAACAUGGCGAAUGGGUAAUGGAUAAAUUAAAUGAGCAUAUAGAUCGAGAGAAAUUACGAUUAGAACCAAAAAUUGAAGAAAAUGAUGAAAUUCAAACAAGUUCAUUACCAACUUCAACAACAACAACAACAACAACAACAACAAAAUCGACAUCCGCAAAAACUUCUCUUUUAAAAAAAUUAAAUCCAGAUUUACAAACACUUUUUGAUGGAAAAUACUUUACUGAUUUACGAGUUCGACAAUCUGGCAACAAAGUUGGAACAUGCAAAGUGUGCAAACCUCACGCAGAUGUUAAGGGAAAUGCAGUUGCUCAUUUUCGUGCACAUCUCAAAAGAAAACAUGGUGAUGAAAUGGUCGAUGAAGUAAAUAAAUAUAUUUUAUCAAAAAAUCCUCGAUCAGAGUCAAAAAAUGAUGAAAGUAGUGAAAUUCAAACGAAUUUAUUAACAUCAACUACUUCUUCUUCAACAACAUCAAUAAAUAGACAAACACGAGUUCUAAACUAUUUCUUAAAACCAUCAAUCCCAUUGAGUGCAGUCAAUUCGUCAGAAUUUUGGACAAUGUUGAAUUGGUUCGAUACAAAAAUGCCUCGAAUUACUCAAGAAGAACUUGUCGAUCAAAUUGAGAUGAAAUUUAACAAUUGGAAGAGUAAAAUUAUUGAAAUUUUGGAAGGUGUUGAUUUUGUUUGUACAACAAUUGAUUUAUGGUCGAAAAGGACACAAUAUAAUUUAGCAAUAACUUGUCAUUGGAUAGAUGUGGAGACUUUUAAACGGAGAUCAGUGGCUUUGGCGUGGAAAUGUUUUGAUACUUCUCCAGAUGGAUGUAACACAGAUGUACUUUACAAAGAAACUCUAAACAAUUUCAAUUUGUCAUCGGAUAAAAUCGUAUCGAAUGUAACGAAAAAUUGCUACAAUUUCACUCAAAUCUUCAAAGACUUGAAUAUAAAUACCAAAAUCAAAGUUGAUACCAUCAAUGAAAAUCACACUGUACAAACAAAAGAUCUAUUACCAUCACCAUAUAAUUGUUAUACCGAAACGCUUAGUUGUAUAGCAACAAUUGAUGUACCCAAAGUAAUCGAUUCUAACUCUUCAUUAAAGAAAAUCAAUGAAUUGACUCUAAAGAAAGUUUUUUCAUUUUUAUCUCUGGCAUCAACCUGUCCCAAUUUGUCGGGAAUGUUGACAAAUUUAAAAAAGCCAGACAUUACAAAAUGGAAUACGAUUUUCAAUUCGAUAUCUUGUGUUUUGAAACUUGAAGAAAAGUCAUCCUUCACUGAACUAUUUAAAAUGGUCAAAUUAGAACCUUUUACCGAUGAAGAAGUCAAAUAUCUCCGAGAAUAUGUCAAAUGUUUAAGUCCCUUGGCAAUGGCAUUUGAGCGUUUACAAUGUGAAAAAGGCACAUAUCAGGGUUUUGUUUUGCCAACUCUUUUGGAAAUGAGAAAGAAAUGUGUGAAGCUUCAAGAAGGCAAUGACUUGACUGUAUGCCAAUCGAUUUUGGAAACAAUUCUAGAUGCGUCUAUGAAAAGAUUUGAAAUAUAUUUCAAACCAAAUCCAGAGUCGGAGUGUUUAACUAUUGCUAGUCUUUCGCAUCCUUUUUUCAAAGAAAAAUGGGUUUCAGCCAUUGAUAAUUUAGAAAGGACUAAUGUAAGAGAGCUUUUUAUUAAUGCCGUUAAAUGUGAGAACUCCAAAUUAAAUCAAGCAGAAGAAGAAAAUAUUCAGGAAACGGUAAAAUGCGAACAAGAAAUUGAUGAAUUUUACUUUGGCGAGGAGAAACCGAAAGUAAAUACAAAAUCAAAGCUUUCCAUUGAAGUAGAAGCCCUAAGAUACUUGGACGAUGAGCGAAGAGACUUAAAAAUGCUGGACGAUUAUCCGACAGUUAAACGAGUAUUUUUAAAAUACAACACAGGCUUGUCAUCGUCAGAACCUUUUGAAAAACUAUUUCCAAUUGAAACAAGAGAAAAUAUUGCCAGAUAUGAUAUAUUGGCGGAUGAGUUGAUAGAAGAAAGAGUAUUACUAAGUGUUAAUAAAGAUGAAUUAGUUUUAUAAAUACAAAAAAAGAUAGGUUUUGGUUUUAUUUUUUUUUUUAUAAAUUUAAAUUCAAUUCGUAUUUAACAUUGUUUGAUAUUUUAUAGUGUAGGUUUC